AGGAACAGGAGAAAGCAGAGAAGCUUCCGAUCCCCAAACCGCGUUGCGUCGACACAAACCGAAUCAGCAACGAACCGAACCCAAUUCCGGGCUGCCUUGCCCACGAAUCAACCACCCCAACGCCCAUCCCACUCCACCGGAACCUAUCCAAUCCAAUCCGCCGCGUCAACACCCAUCUCCCCCGUAUCAAAUUCUCACCACGAUCCUCCAACAACGACGCAAAGAGAGAGGAAGGGGAACGCACAGUAGAUCGACAGCUGCCGAGGGGAUUUUGAUCUAAGGCGAUCCAAUCGAAGCAGCAUCCCGCCUGCCGCCAUGAGCUUCAUCUUCGGCAAGCGGAAGACCCCAGCUGAGCUGCUGCGGGAGAACAAGCGCAUGCUUGAUAAGUCCAUCAGGGAGAUUGAGAGGGAAAGGCAGGGCUUGCAGACCCAGGAGAAGAAGCUCAUUGCAGAGAUCAAGAAGGUUGCCAAGCAAGGACAGAUGGGAGCUGUAAAAGUUAUGGCAAAGGACCUUAUCCGGACAAGACACCAGAUCACAAAAUUUUAUGCCCUGAAGUCCCAGCUGCAAGGUGUCUCUCUUCGUAUUCAGACCCUGAAAUCCACACAAGCAAUGGGAGAAGCCAUGAAGGGCGUCACGAAAGCCAUGUCACAGAUGAACAGGCAGAUGAAUCUGCCGGCGCUGCAGAAGAUAAUGCGGGAGUUUGAGAUGCAAAAUGAGAAGAUGGAGAUGGUCAGCGAGGUGAUGAAUGACGCCAUCGAUGACGCCUUGGAGGGCGACGAGGAGGAGGAAGAAACGGAAGAGCUUGUCAGCCAAGUCCUUGACGAAAUCGGCAUCGACAUCAACUCCGAGCUUGUCAAGGCCCCCGCGACCGCAGUCUCCAAGCCGGUCGCGGCAGGAAAAGUGCCUGCUCAAGCUGAAGCUGCGGGCGGGAUGGACGGUGGAAUAGACGAUGAUUUGCAGGCGCGGCUUGACAACCUGAGGAAGAUGUGAGCAUUGGGCUCUGACGGAAAUAUCCUCGCGAGAUACUCUCUGUAGUUUUGUAUCAUAAAAGGCCACUCUGGCAAUCUUUCCGACACAUCAUUUGCAGUGUGUUUGGCAUUGACCGUAUGUAUAUAGAUUGUCAUAUUAUUGUCAGUAUAUCACAUGCUAGGAAUUGCUUGUUCAUAGUCUCAUUUGGCACACUGUUGUCAUGAUUCUGAA